CUCCUCCGCCGCCUCCCGGUUCCGCAGUCACUUCCUGCAGCUGUUUCCCAGUGGGUACGGCUGGACUGACUUUUGACAGUCAGCCUUCAGCUGCGGAGGGGGCUUGGCGGGGGCCAGCCGGGAAAGUUGCGUCGAGAGAGGCGGAGUUGAGCCGGGCCGAGCCGGGUGCGCGGGACAGACGGUGGCGGGCGCCCGGCGUGGACGCGGCGCCCAGACUCCCCGCGCGUCCCGAGGGUUCCGAUUUGAAGACCUGACUUCUCAUCGCCCAUUGGAUUAUGCCCAAGGCUUUCCUACCCAAUGAUCCUCUUGCAACACGCCGGGCUUCCUCUGCCUAAGCGGCCCUCAUCCUCUCCUCCUAUGUCAGUGGCCGCCAGGUCUACAGGAACCUUGCAGCUUCCGCCACAGAAGCCUUUUGGGCAGGAGGCUUCCUUGCCUCUUGCAGGGGAAGAGGAGUUACCUAAGGGAGGAGAGCAAGACUCUGCCCUGGAGGAGCUAUGUAAGCCCCUGUACUGCAAACUCUGCAAUGUCACCUUGAACUCAGCGCAGCAAGCCCAGGCUCAUUAUCAGGGUAAAAAUCACGGUAAGAAACUCCGAAAUUACUAUGCAGCAAACAGUUGUCCUCCUGCUGCCAGAAUGAGCAGCGUGGUGGAACCUGUGGCCGCCCCAGCGGUUCCGGUCCCUCCACAGAUGGGCUCCUUUAAGCCGGGAGGCAGAGUGAUCCUGGCCACAGAGAACGAUUACUGUAAGCUCUGUGAUGCCUCCUUUAGUUCUCCGGCUGUGGCUCAGGCUCACUAUCAAGGGAAGAAUCAUGCCAAGAGGCUGCGGCUGGCGGAAGCUCAGAGUAACUCAUUCUCGGAAUCCUCUGAGGCGGGUCAGCGGCGGACCCGGAAAGAAGGGAACGAGUAUAAGAUGAUGCCUAAUAGGAGGAAUAUGUAUACGGUACAGAAUAAUUCAGCAGGUCCUUACUUCAAUCCCCGCUCUCGGCAGAGAAUCCCCCGUGAUCUGGCCAUGUGUGUGACUCCAAGUGGCCGGUUUUACUGCUCCAUGUGUAAUGUCGGGGCUGGCGAAGAGAUGGAGUUCCGGCAGCAUUUAGAGAGCAAGCAACAUAAAAGCAAGGUGUCUGAGCAGCGGUACAGGAACGAGAUGGAGAACUUGGGAUAUGUAUAGUGCUUGUUACAUUCAGAGAGAGCAGCUUUGCCUGCCUGGUGUUUUGCCUUCUGUCGACAUGCCCUGCUUUUGUGGUCCUUUUGAUAUAAGUACAUUCCUCUGCUUAAUGUUAAUAUAUGUAACCUGCAGUGGUACCGUGAGAUGUCAAAACUGGGGAAGGUAAAGAAUGUGCUUCUUAGGUCACGAUGCGUUUUCAGGUCAGUUGUGUUGAGCUACUUAGAGCAUGUGACCUACCUACCCCAUGAGAAAUAACUUUUUAUCUUGACCGAGUUCUGGUCAACUAGUAGCCUGAUCACUUAGAGCUUUAACUAUUUGAAAAUUUCACCUUCUUUUGCAAUUUUAGUUUUAUGUACUGUUAAGAAUAUUCUUGAGUUCUUACUUCAGAUAACGGUGACAACAGGUAAGCAGAGAUUUUGGUUUCCCAAGGCUUCUUUGGAACCACCUCAACGCAAUGCCUUGUCAGUAGGAUAUACUAUUAUUGUAAACUGCAUUAGGGUCUUUCCCAGGACAUGUUUUCCCAUUAUCAUGUCUUCCCAUUAUUGAAAUGCAGAUUUUCAUGGAUUCAUACACUUCCAAUGUGCUUGUAGACUUCCAAAUGGUGAAAUUUCAUUUCCAGUCAUGGAUUUCAUUCAUUUAAAUGCCACCUUCUUCCUUUCCCCUCCUCUGCCCCUCCCCAUCCUGGUUGAAUUAGCUUGUAAAAUAAGCUCAUUCUCAUGCCCCAGCCAUAUUAUGGGCUUUCCAAGCCCCCCAUUCCAAUAUCCAGUGAGUGUAAGAUAGAUAUGCUAUUUUUUACAAAGAUAUUUUUCGGAUGGUUUUAGAGCUAUUCACUGAUAAUAACAUGUACUUGUAUGAUGGUCUUGAUCCUAAAUUCAGUUCUCUUGACAUUUGUUUUGGCAGACUUUUUUGAUAAACUGAUCCUUACAUUGUACAUUCUUUCCUGUCUUGCCAGUUUUUUGGCCGCCCUGAGAAAAUACUACUACCUUACUGUUUCAUAAAUAGAGAGGAAUUUAAAAAAAGUUAAUCAAAUUUUAGUAGCAUCAUUUCCAGUAGUAAAAUACGUGAACUUUGGUUUCUUUAUAAUUUAGCUUUCUAAAAGAUAAUAGAAAUACAUUAUGGAGUACUUUGGUAUCUGAUAAUUACAACAGUAUUAUUAUUUGUUUUCUUGUUUUCAAAAUAAGAAGCUCUAGUGUAUGGCUAGAUUAACUAAUGGAGUACCCUAUGAACUUUCAUUACUUGUAUUUUAUCUACUUACUAUAGUUACAUGGAUAAGACUGGUGCUCAUCCAUAGUUCUUUUGAAAGGCCACAUUCACCAGGAAGUUUAUAUUGAGUAGUAUCUUUGCACUAUGGUCAAUUCACAUUUGAUUGCUUACAUUACUAAUUAAAAAUGAAACUCCUUUUUCCCUUGGGAAUUCUAUAAGCAAAGAGAUGAGGAGAAGGAAAUUAUCAUUGUCAUUCUUUUCCUUUAAUACUUAUGAACAGUUUUUGAGCAAUCUAGAUAUGUAUUUAAAAUUCAGUUUUGGGAUUAACCUCUAGUUCAGUAUCAAGUUGCCCUUUGGUUGAAGUGGUUUUUUGAAAAAUAGUAGAAUUGUUUAGUAAUUUUUUUUCUCCCCAAAAUAGAAGAAUGAAAUAACGUUAUUGAGAUUCUAUCUAGACUUGUGACUCAUAGUAUAAUCCUUUUAUAGAAUUGAUUUGUUUAGGGCAAUUUAGAGCUUAUUUCAUUGGUCAGUAGGUUCCUCAUUUUGCUGCUAAGUAUAAUUUUUUGGUAGAUUUUAAUAUAACAGUGCUGGCCACUUGGUUCUAUAAUUAUUUAAAAAUCUCAUUUUUCCCUCUUUCUCUUUAUGUCUCUGUGUGUGUGUGUGUGUAUGUAUAUGUACACACGCACACAUAUAUGUGUGUAUAUAUUUAUAUACAUAUACACACAUAUGUUUAUGUGAUACCACAGAGAAAAUUUCAUUGGAUCUUUAUUUCAGAUAACAGUAAAGGAUUGUGAAUAAGAAUUUACAGUUUGUAAAAGUGGCAUUUAUCUAUUUUCCAUUUUUCCUUUACAAAUAAAAUUAAAGGAAGGAUUUCACCCACUCUCCCCACUUAACAAUCUCAUUACAUAUGUACAAAAAGCAGUGGACUUAAAGGCCUUGAUGUUUUUCCUGGCCUUGCACAUUCAGGUUUCCAGUCUCCCAGUGCCCUUAAUGGAUGUUAUGAAUGCAUAAACGCAUUUUCUUUAAAGAAAAGUUAGAUUUAUAGUGUUAUUUCUUACUUGCUCUAUUUCUUUGCACUAAAAAAGAGCUAUGUGUUUGUUUUAUAUGACACUUUAGAUACCAUAUUGCCUACAAUAACUCAGUUUGCUCCUUAAUUUCCAAACUGUAGGAAGUUGAUAACUUCCAUGAUCAUUUAUAGAGGUUACAUACACAUCCAAAAAACAAAAAACAAAAAACCCCACAAAUCUCUGUGACAGUGGGUUGUUUUGGGCUUGUUAUCUUGCAAUAUUCUCCUAUAUUCCAUAGGUGAAACAAAGGGUGACAGAGGUUGUCAGAAAGGAAAUACCUAAAUAAACACAUCUCUGCAUGGUACAAUUUCUCACAGUCAUACAUUCCCUGUAGACAGUGUUUUUUCCCCUGUCGAAGAAGGCUGUUGUUCCUGCUGCAGUGAUAAGUGAUCUCCAUUGGUUUCAUGUUGUGAAGUCCACUCCCGCUCUGUAAUGUGCUUUAGAAUUUGCACCCUGUGCUCCCCAGGAGUCAUGUUAUUAUCUUUUUAUAUGCUGUAUACAAGGAUGGACAGAGGCCUAAACAGUGGAAAAUCUUGAGUCAAACAAAUAGAUUUCAGUAAUCAUCUGCAAGAACUCAUAGCAUCAAAGUCUCUUUUCUCUGUGAAUAUCUUUGUGUAAGUUGUCAUUCAAAGUCAAUGUUAGAAGAUAACAAUUAGAAACUCUUAAGAUAUUGAGGGCAAGAAGUUGUAAAGGAAAAAUUCCAUGUUCCAAUUAAAAGGUUGGAUUGCAUAUGCCUUUGAAGUGUUUUUUUCAAAAGGUUAAGCUACAAAAUUGAGUGUGCCAUGUAAUCCUUUUGACUCCACAUUGAACAGAAAAAUACUUUGUUGGUCUUGUCUUUGUAUAUUAUGUACUGCAACUUGUAAAUAUGUGCAUGUUUUUUUAUUACAUUUGUCUGCUUGUCUCUUAUUGCACUGGAUUCUGCAAGAUGAAUAAUAUUUUAUACCAUUCAUUUAGAAAAAGUAACUUCUCCAACUCCCUCAUUAUUUCCCCUUGUAAUUAGUUGGUAAACUUAGAAAACCAUUUAGGAUUUUUGAAACCCUGAGAUUGAAUGAAGAAUCAUGGCUGUCUGAGAUCAUCCUUAUGUUCCUCUGACUUAAACAUGCUAAAGGGAAGCAUGAAAUCUUCCACCUUGUUUUAUAAAGCUGUUCUAUAGAACUGAUAAUGCUUGCUUAUAGCUACCUAUCUACACUUUCAAUGAAGAUAAAUGGAGAAAUAUAUAUUUCAUGUUUAUAUAUAAACAUAUGUAUAUAUAUUUGGUUAAAUCUUUCUCUGUAGAUAGAUUCUAAAGAUUAGCGGUGGGAUUUAGGAUUUCUUCACUCCUGAAUUGGCUGGGACCAUGAGCAAUGACAACUUGAGGACUGUCCAGUGACCUGUGUAAAAAAGAGCCUUACUUGUGUCAGGGGAGACAUGUAACCGUUAGGCGGAGUAUCCUCUACAGAGAGGUCUAGGCAUGGUAUAUUUGGAACCUAUUUUGUUUCCUUAAUAUCAGGAUGUAGGCUGGAAGUGCUCUUUGAAGAACUUGGUGAGGCAUAUACUAAGAACAAUAAAGCUUCCUUAGAAAUAGAAAUAUUUUGUCAAUAUAGGCAAAAAUUUAAUGCAGGCUUUUGAACAAAUGCUUGAAAAAUAUUCCACCUUGCCAACUUUUUUUUUUUUUAACAGCCAAAUCAUUGUUCAGGAGUUUCAUACAUAAUAGUGUUUUGUUGUUGCUUUUGUUUUUUGGGUUUGUGUUUUUUUUUGGGGGGGGGUUGUGGACCUCUACCAUUGUAAGUUAUUACUAUCGGUCUAGCUGAAUGGACAAAUAGCUGUGUAAAUAGCUUCUCAUACGACGUUCCUACUGAUAGCUCUUUGACCUUUUCUUCCCAUUAUGAAUGGGAAGAUCAUUUGUAAACUCCCUUUCUGGGUAGCUACCAAAAAAACAAUACUGGUUUGUGGUCCCAUGUGACCCUGUCUCCGUUAAGCCCAGAAUAUGAGUGCCUUUAGCAAGUUUUAGCAUUUUACAGAGAGAAGAGAUGAUAGAAUUAUUGCCAUUAAUCACAAUUCAUAAAACAGAAGCUUGGAAUAGCAAAGGUCUGUGUGAAUUGUGUUCUAUGUCUUUUUUUUUUUUUUUUUUUGCUUAGUGCAAUUUCAAUUUGAUAUUGAAUAAAAUUGUUAACAUUAUUGAUCAGGAACCAUACCCCUGAAAAUAAAUCCAGUUAUCCCAGGCUUGCAAUAGUCAGAUUACUUUUCACCUUAAUCUGUGUUACGUUUAUAUUUAGUGAAUAGUAGUGUGGUGGGUUGAAAAGGGCUUGACAUUGAUGUUUGGAAGAACUUUUUUCCAGUGGUCUUUUCCCAACAUGUCUAUCCAGGAGAGAGGAGAGAAUUAUUUACUUGCAAACGAGAUGUGUGAAGAGACUAUCUUACCCUUGCCACAAUACUUAUCGUGUUAAUUCAUCUCUAUGUUAAAGAAAGGAUCUUCACAAAUCAGGGGUGAGGACUUUUAAAACAAAAAUUCCCUACUUCAAUUAAUUUAAAAUUCUAAAUUGCCUGGGUACUUUGAGUCUUUAAAACACACUGCUAAAUUAAUUUUAUUGUAGAAAUAUUAACAUUUUCCUCAACAUUUUAUUAUGAAAAAUUUUAAAUGUACAUUGCAGUUGAAAAAUUUUACCAUAUAUGCACCAGUAAAUUCUACCAUCAUCAUUUUACUAGGUUUGUAUUACCACAUGUCCAUCCACCCCUGUAUCCAUCCAUCCAUGGAGUUUUUUAAAAUCCAUAUUUCAGUGUAAAUUUCAGACAGUACAUUUCCCUUACACACUUCAGCAUAGGUGUCAUUAACUAGAGUUUAUUAUUUGUUUAAAUUAGUAUCUUUUAAAAAGCAGUGUAUUAAGUUGAUAACCUGAACCAAAUAACAUGCUUUUUUUUUUUUUUUCUCUCGUGAACUUUAGCUUUCUAGGUUUCUGUUUUAUAUGUGCGUAGCAUAAAGGAAGACAGUUCUUUCCAACCUGACAUUUUUGGGGGUUGGUCAUUUUAAAUGCUUAGUUGUCACACAUUUUAAAAUUCGAUGAUAAGAACUUUUUUCUUUACCCCUCUUCUAUGAUGUAUUUUUGCUGAACUAUGCAGCUUCUUAAAAAAACUGUAAAUUACCAAUUGGGGUUUAUUAAAUCAGUGUAUACCUCAUUUUAAUCUAUUGCUGCUUUUCUCCACGAUACUACAUCUCUGUCAUUACUUUUACCUGCUCCACCAGAAUGUAGAGAGGAGGAAAGUCAAACCUGUAGAUGAUUAGUGGUUUUAAACAACUUGAGAAGAACAGAUUUUGUAGUUUAGAAAGUUGAAACCAUUAACUUAUUUAAGGACUUUGAAUUCCCUGAGAAUUGUAAUUGUCCAUGCUUCCUCUAGCCAUAAUUAGCAGGAUCAAAAACGAUUGUACUGUACAAUGAGUUGUUGAAAUUGUAAGCCUUAGUAAGCAUCUUUAGCUUUACUCUAGUACUGUCUAGAAAAAAAGUUUUUUGACAUAUGCCUUUAUUUUUAUGCCAAAUUUUUUUGUGGAUAAAAUCUGAAGAAUUUAUGUGACUUGCUCCAGGUCAUGAAGAUUGAACAAAUAAGUCAGAAUUGAAACUUGACUAUUCCUGAUUCCUAUUCUUGUGCUUGUAUGAUACAAAUCAUGGCUUCCAAAAUAACUGAACAUUCCUUUGGGGACCUUAAAAUGAAAGUAUGUACUUUUACUAGUUAGACUUUCGUUUUUAGGCAUUUUACGAUUCUUUGAACUUAAAGCUUUUUUUCAUGGUCAUGUUCCUCAUUAAGCCAAUGUAAUUACUAAAAAUCUCACUUCACUGUUGAAUACUGACUAAUAAUGCAGGUUUUAUGAGAUUUCUUUUUGCAUUUGAAUAACCUUCAUGACUCACUCCUUUUUCUAUGUAAGUGCUUAAGUGACCCCCUCACUAGUGAAAAUAAAUGUUCUAUAUCACUGAAUCAAUGUAUAUUGUCGACAUGAUAUAUUUUUUUAAGGAAAAGUAACCCCAUGUGUCAGGAUGAGUGAUAUCCUAGGGCAAAGCACACAUGAAGUUUAUUUCUACUCUGCAAAUCUGGCAUUUACUGGAACAAAACUCUUUUAGAGCGGCUGGUCGUUGUUUUGCCUUCUUUGGUACUUGAGCACCUUUCUGUGGUUUUGUAAAUCAGUGUGUCAUUUUGUAAGAAUUUCUUGUUAAUUCUGUGUACAUUGGUGUUCACCUUGUGGUAUCCUCAGCUGACCAUAAUAAUUUAGUUUGGGUAUGGUGUGUCUGCUUUGAAAUGCCUUACUAGAGCAUGUCCGAUUCUGCUCUCAAGCAUUCCAUGCAUCUGCUAGGGCAAUAUGUUGCCUGUCUUGGAUGUAUGCUCUAGAUCCAGAAGCAAAACUGAUUUUGCUUUCACUGUUAAGGUUGCAUUUUAGUGUAGUUAUUGUUUUAAAUUAGAGAAUAAAAUCAUAAAAAACCAAGGGAGACUUUAGAACACUUCAUUUAAUGGCAUGGCAAACUUUUAAAAUUGGCUUUUGCUGUUUCACUAGAACAAUAUCUAGUAAAGGAUAUGGCUAAAAAGCGCCAGCCAGAACUGUAUGAAAUUGGGGUUGUUUCCUAAAAUUUUUUCUAAAUGUCAUUCAGGGGUUUAACAUCUGUGUAUGCUGUUGGGGCUAAGUGCCAGUCACUGACUUGGAAAUCUUUGCAUUCUGGGGCCAUAAAAUGGCAAAAGUAUGAGAUUAAAACCAAUCAACUGUGGUUUUACACAACUGUGAAUUGUGAAAUUGAAAUUGCUCUUUUGGUUUUUUUUUUUUUUUAGCAUAUCGAAUAUAGAAAUCCAAAAGUUAUUUAAAAUUUACACUGCUUAUGUUGAUGGCUCAUUUUGGCUGUGUAUCCUCACUUCUGUACUGAUUUCUGAUAAAAGCUUGACAUUAUUAUAACAGGCAUUUGUGUUCAAUUUAAUAAAACAGUUUCUGAGUCUUGUCUGCAAA